CUGACCUCCUCCCUCUGCCACUCCUUGGUCCUUGAACAGGAAAGACAGGCAAGGGAGGCAAGGACAGCUCAGUCCUUCUUCUGCAGUCGCAGGGUCCACUCUCGGGACAGCAUUGUUCACAGGUAAAUCAAUCACAAACUCCCAAGAGCAGACAUCUCGCACUGAGGAUGUCUCUGCCGCCCGCCCCGCCGUGGAACUCGGUGUGGAGAGAAGGGCGUGUGACGCGGUCGCGGUCGCCUAAGCCCGCGUUCUGAUUCACACCUGUCGCGCCCGCACAAGACCGCGCUGAGCUCGCCUCGCCUCAGUUUCCCCACUUCCGUCAGGACGAGCAUGCUGUCCUGUUUCAGGUUCCUCUCCAAGCACGUGGGCCCUUCGCUGCUGUCCCUGGGCACCGCUCCACGCAGCCUCGCGCCCCCGGAGCGCAGGGCCGCCCCCGGCCCCUGGGGUCCCUGGGGUCCCUGGCCACCCUUCCCCCGACGCCCGCUGGCCGCGGCUGCCGCCUCCGGGGACCGCGCUGGGCCUGCCCGGGUGCGCCAGAACUUCCACCCGGACUCCGAGGCCGCGGUCAACCGCCAGAUCAACCUCGAGCUCCACGCGUCCUACGUGUACUUGUCCAUGGCCUACUACUUCUCCCGAGAUGACGUAGCCCUCAACAGCUUCUCCAGGUAUUUCCUUCGCCAGUCCCUGGAAGAGCGCGAGCAUGCCGAGAAGCUGAUGAGGCUGCAGAACCAGCGAGGAGGCCGGAUCUGCCUACAGGACAUCAAGAAGCCGGACAAGGAUGACUGGAAAAGUGGGCUGCAUGCCAUGAAGUGCGCUCUGCUCCUGGAAAAGAAUGUGAACCAGGCCUUGCUGGAUUUGCACACUCUGGCCUCAGACAAAGGUGAUCCCCAUUUGUGCGACUUUCUGGAAACCCACUAUCUGAAUGAGCAGGUGAAGUCUAUCAAGGAACUAGGUGACCACGUGCACAAUUUAGUUGCCCUGGGGGCCCCGGAUUCUGGCCUAGCAGAGUACCUUUUUGACAAACAUACACUUGGAAAUGAAAACAAGCAGAACUAAGCUGUCCUUCCCAUAGUCCUGUGGGUCCCAAGACCUGAAAUCAGCUAUCUCCUACUUUCUUGCCCUUAAAAUUCACCUUCAUCUUUAAAUUCUCCUUCUAUUAUACUGCUCUUCCAACAGUGAUUUGUAGAGAAAAUACUUAUGCCCAUGUUAACAAAAGCAUUCUGCCAGCAUCAAGAUACUUUUUCCGAGCCUAAAACAUAGCCAGGGAUACUAUGAUACGAAAAGGACUGCAGAAAAUGUACUGAAAGUAGUUGCAGCAAACUUUGUCCAGGUACUAAACACUACUCCUUACCAUGAACCUAAAAGACAAAGAACAUAUAGUGUACCAUAAAAAUCACACAUGUACCAUUCUGUGAUGUUUACCUUUUCCCAGUGCAUUCCAAGAAAUAGUAAUGCUACAGAUCUGCAUUUUAAAAGAUUUCAUCAUCAA